GACGACCAUGCUGCCAAUCGCAGCCGUAGUUUCGUACAAACUUUCAAUUCAAAGAAACCAGACGAGACAUACGGAAAAUGGCGGGACUCCAUCUGGAGAAACUUUCAUUAGCACCCAAUAUACUCCGUCUUUUCAUCGUGGUAUGUUCGUUGAUUCCAUUCGCCCUCGUUAGCAGCUGGUCCAGCAAUGGAGUCACAUACUACGACUUCAACGCAAAGGACUUCAAUCAUGUCCACUCGUUUGAGUUCUACAUCGUCGUGUCCGUCGUGACGUUCGUCUCCGGGGUGAUAACCUGCAUCAUUGUUCUGCUCGAUCUGAAAAUUAUGCCAUGCAUUGUGGACAUAACGGUCAGUAUUGUGCUGAUGGUAUUCUGGGUGGUUUCGGACAGCCUGCUAGUGACCAGUCUAUCCAACCUCAGCGAAACUGUCGCCGUGAAGGAGGCCCGACUGGACUUCAGUCAAAUUGAAGGAGCUAUUGCUGUCGGAUUCUUGUGCGCUGUCUUGCUGUUCGGUUUCGUCUGGUUCACUUUCUGUAGCCACCGGCGGGAACAAGAAAGGGGAGAGCCCUCCAUCACGGGCCGCAGUCCCCUCGUCACAGACAUCCCCAUCGAUAUCCUCUCGUGAUGCAGGUGCAGAAAUGCAACACCACAACACAC